AUGCACAAGUGGCCGAGCGCGAAACAGCGCCGCGUACCGUCGCCGCGAAACAACGCAACCUCGGGUUCAAACCCCACCGAGCACAAUCACUUUUGGAGAUUUAAUAACGAUGCUCUUUCGUCACCGAACAAAAGGGACAGCGCGCUACCAAAGACCAAGAUGGCGCAGGCAACUUAUGGGGCACACCACAGGAUAAUACGAGAGGCACCGAUAACACAAUUCACGAGCACUGCAAAAAGUCAGAAACCGCUAACAUAA